CUUUUUGUACCAUGUUUAACGGAAGAAGAAAAAACAAAUCAGCAGAAGAGCAAAACAAUAAUAGGAUUGAAGUGGUGGAAGAAAUUGAUAUGAACGACGUUGGCAAAGCUAUGCGAUCGCGCUCUUCAUCUUCCGAACACAAAGGCGCUGAAUAUGCUGAAGAUGUAGACAGAGUUUACAGUCGAGGUCAAUCAGGUUCUAUUGGAGAUAUCAUAGACGACAAGCCUCAAUUACAACGAGGAUUAAAAGCUCGACAUUUGACAAUGAUUUCAUUGGGUGGUACAAUCGGUACAGGUCUUUUUUUAGCAUCCGGCUCAUCAGUGUCCGAAGCAGGUCCUGGUGGUGCUUUGAUCGCCUACGCAUUAAUUGGUAUCAUGGUCUUUUUCAUGAUGGAAUGUCUUGGUGAAAUGGCUACAUUUCUUCCUAUUUCAGGCAGUUUCAACAAUUACGCAGGUAGAUUUAUUGACCCUGCUCUUGGUUUUGCUUUGGGUUGGAAUUAUUGGUACAACUGGGCUGUCACUGUUGCUGUCGAAUUGACUGCUGGUUCCAUGGUGAUGGCUUAUUGGGCACCUUGGGUUCCCGGUUAUGUUUGGUCCAUUUGUUUCCUUGUCAUUAUCUUGGCAUUAAACUUAUUUUCUGUCAAGGGUUAUGGUGAGGCCGAAUAUUGGUUUGCCUUGAUCAAGGUAUUGACUGUCAUUGUAUUCAUUAUUCUCGGUAUUCUUGUUGAUACUGCAGUUUUGGGUGGUGUUUAUUAUGGUGUCUCUACUUUCAAUUACGGUGGUGUUCAAGGCUUAGGUGUCUUGACUACCUUCUUAACUGCAGGUUUCUCUUUCCAAGGCACAGAAUUGAUUGGUGUUGCUGCUGGUGAAAGUGAAAACCCUCGUAAGAACGUCCCUAGAGCCAUCAAGCAAGUCUUUUGGCGUAUCAUUUUGUUCUAUAUUCUUUCCAUCUUGAUGAUUGGUUUGAUUAUUCCUUACGAUGAUCCUAGUCUUUUGAGAAGUGAUGUUUCUGAUAUUUCCGUCUCUCCUUUUACUCUCGUCUUUGUCAGGGCCGGUAUCCCCCCUGCUGCUCAUCUCAUGAACGCUGUUAUCUUGACCACUGUUUUAUCUGCUGGUAACUCAGGAUUGUAUGCUUCUAGUCGUACCCUUUUAGAUUUGGCCAAUGAAGGUAAAGCCCCCAAGGUCUUUAGAAAGAUCACCAAGAAUGGUAUUCCCAUCUACUGUGUUCUUUUGACUGCUGCUGUUGGCAUGCUUGCUUUCUUGACCUCUCUUUUCGGCAAUGGUGUGGUCUACAACUGGCUGAUGAAUAUUUCAGGUAUUGCUGGCUUCAUUGCUUGGUUGGGUAUUGCUGCUGCUCAUUGGCGAUUCCGUCGUGCUUAUGUUGCUCAAGGAUACAAAGUGUCUGAUCUUCCCUUCAAAGCCAGACUUUUCCCCUUGGGUCCUAUCUUUGCCUUCUUUGUUUGUUUGUUUGUCAUUGUCGGUCAAGGCUACAGUGCUUGGUCUGCAACUCCUGUAGUUGCUUCUGACAUUAUUGCUGCUUAUAUUGGUGUCCCUGUCGUGAUAGUGUUUUAUUUGGGAUACAAGCUCAUCAGGAAAUCCAAGGUUAUUCCUUUGAUGGAAGUCGACUUGAUUACCGGUCGUGAAAACAUUGAGUAAGUUAUUGUUUGGAGCUAUAUGCUUAUGUUAUUUACACAUCUAUAGACAUUCAUUAGAGUCAGAUGAAGGCAAAAAAUCAGAUCCUCUUGAAGGCGUCAGUAUGUUUAAACCUAGUACUUGGAAGCGUAUUCCUUCCAACAUGAAGUCUUGGAGAGACGCUUUCCACAACUAACUUGUGUCAUAAUUGUAAAUAUAUGCAUUAUAAAACUUAGAUCAUUUCACUACAUUACUAUAAUAAAUCUUUUCUUUUCUGCAG